AUGAAAGCGAGAGAGCCGAGAUGCCUAGACAGGCCUGGGAAGAGACCCUCCCUCACCAACUUCCGUCUCCUCCCUCCCACCCCGCGCGUCUUGGAUGGAGAGGUCGGUGCGCUCGAGGGAGAUUCUGCGCGCAGGGCGAGGGGUGAGCCGUGCCAAGGGGGUCUCUGGGCGCAGGAGAGACUGGGGACGGAGGGGGCAGGGGAACUUGGGGAGGGAGGGAAGCCUCCCUGGGGGAGGAAAGCCCCGUCCAGCAUUGGCAGCGGGUGCAGAGACAGAAAGAGACGCUGCCCAUCGGAAGGGAGGUCGCUGGCGGGGGAAUCUCCGGAGGGGCUGCCUUGGCUUUUCCCUCCUGCCCAGAAACCUGCCUUGGGGAGAGGGAUCCCUGAAAAUGGGAGGGGGUCCAAUUCCCCACCCUCCCCUCCUUCCCGGAAGCUGGACUCUCCUUCCCCCACCCCCAGGCCAGCUGCUGCUGGGGGCUCCAGAAGCGGGACUCUGCUGGGUUACACCAAGCCAGGCCAUUGGUCCAGCUGGAGAGAAGAGGAAAGCGCAGGAAGCUCUUGAGAGGAAGGAGAGAGGGUUGUCCAGAGCGGGUCUUUGCAUCUGGUAUCCUCUUCCACGAAAGGACAGAAAAAACCCGUCUGCCUUUCCCAGGGUUUCAUUUCUAAGCCUUAGUUCCACUGCAUGUUUAAUUGAGGUGAUAAUGUGGUCCACUACUCAAAAAAACAUGGCUGGAGGUGCUAUGGAAAUUCUUUCAGGAUUUGUGUAUAAUAGAUAUAUGGACAGCCUUUCUAUACCUUUCUAUAUGUCAAAGGGAGUUACAAGCUGAGACACAAUCCAUCAGCACCCAAAGACAGUAAAUGUGUGCACCUUCACAGUCUGGGGUGCUUAAAAGGACAAAGGGUCCAUUAUUAGGAUAGACAAUGCUUGUGACUGGAGGCUUUACACACAUUCAUGUGCAUAUGCAGGCCAAGGAUUGCCAGUAUUACAGGCGAGGUGUGUGAGAGUGCAGAAUUCCACAAACACUGUGUAUGAGAGAAAGGGAGUGGGUGGGAUUAUCAUUUAUAGCAAUGCUGUAAUUUUGUCCGUAACAUUUCGUGAGCUGAUGCUGCGGUUUAUUAGCCUCCAAUGGGCCACCAGGAACUUUAUUGUUUUUGCUUCAAAAGAUGAAUGUUUCUGAAGACUUUGACAGUUACAUAUGACAUAAACGGCACUUCUCUUUUACUUGUUCCACACAGGAGAGACUCUGACUCACAAGACUAAGCACAUUUUGCUAGAAAAAGAAAAAUACAGAAACGUGAAGGGGAAAUUGAGAGGUAAGCCCUUUGAGUAUGCAGUGAGACAUUUCACUACGUAAAAAUAUAUCAAAAGCCCUGCUGGAUUGAGAGGAUGACCCAAUUUUGGCUUGUCUUCUGCAAUUUCAUCCAUUUACCCAUGUUUCUGUGGAGAGACAUUGCCUCCAGUCCGCCCUUCCCUGCCCUUUGCUAUGAAGGUUGUAGGCAGAGUAUCUUUUUUUUACCUUUACGCAGUGAUAACUACAUCCCACUCCUCCUCUCCAUUCCACCAGAUUUCCAGUAUUAACCACUAUCUUUAUUCUCAUGUCUUUGGGAUUUAAGGGAUCGGGAAGAUUGCUACUGAAAUUCAGGGGUUCCUGUAGUCCAGGCAUGUCCAACUCCCAACAGACUGCAAUCUACUCCCAGUAUAAAAAACUGGCAGUGAUCUACCCAUAGUCACUGGGGGAAUGAGGAGUGGAGUGCGUGGGUGGAAGGAGGUGGCUAACUGGAUGCAGGAGGGGGGAGUUUCAGUUGGGGGGGAUUAAAGGGAGGCAAAACUUCUCUCUCUGAAGAGCCAGUCAUCUCUCCACCCUCCCAAGCCAGCCCCCUCCCCCUUAAGCAGCUCUCUCCCCCCCAAAGCCAGCCCUUUCUCUCUCCUCCCCAUCAAAGGGAGCUGCACAACUGACGCCUAUCCCAGUAAUCCCAUGAUCAGCCAGGAUCACUCACAUGAUCUAUUGGUCGAUCCCGCUCGACCGGAUGAACAUGUCUGUUGUAGUCCAUUAUUAUGAUUAAUUGAAUUUGUUAGUCACUUUAUCUUACCCAAAGAGACUUGCAACCAAACAUUUAAGGGAUUAGGACAAAAAAGUCAUUAGGAAUUCUGAACCUGAGAAAUAAAGGGCAUGUUCAUGGAGGGAGAGCAGCUCCCUUUCCUGUGAGGAACCUCUUUAUUUAAAUUGCCAGUUUUAGAAAAGCACUGUAUCUUAGAUCAUGCUGCAUUAUUAACAAUAAUUGAUUAUUAUUAAAAGUUGAUGCAAUGCUAUUAUCUGACAUUAUUUCAUUUCCUAAACAAUUGGCACAUAGAAGAAGGAAGAGUGUAUGAGAUGUUAAAAUAAGAGAAGGUACCAAAGGCACUUGAUGUGUGUUAUAUUCUUUUGUUUCUUCUUUGGAGAGCCAGUGUGGUUAAGAGCAGUAGAUUCGUAAUCUGGUGAACUGGGUUUGAUUCCCCGCUCCUCCACAUGCAGCUGCUGGGUGACCUUGAACUAGUCACACUUCUUUGAAGUCUCUCAGCCUCACUCACCUCACAGACUGUUUGUUGUGGGGGAGGAAGGGAAAGGAGAAUGUUAGCCGCUUUGAGACUCCUUAGGGUAGUGAUAAAGCAGGAUAUCAAAUCCAAACUCUUCUUCUCUUCUACAGGAUUUCCUUUCCCCCUACGCCAAUGCAAGCAAUAG